UCUUCUGCAUCUCUUCCGUUCACUGGUGCAGAUUAAGUCGUAACAGCAGCAAGAAGCGCUUUAUUAUUCUCACCCAAACACUGAAAACAUCCAAAUUCAAGAUGAAAGACCUAAUGGGAUAUCUCAAACAGCAGCAGAGCAAGAGUCCGACGCCUGAGAUGGCUUCAGAGUGGCACUCGCUGGAAGAUCUGUACAACAGAAAAUUGUGGCACCAGUUGACUCUGAAGUUGACAGUCUUUGUACAGAACCCGUAUUUUGCUAAAGGGGACGGUCUCAUUCAGCUCUAUGAAAACUUUCUCAGUGAUUUUGAACACAGAAUCAACCCGUUGUCUUUAGUAGAAAUCAUCCUUCAUGUUGCCAGACAGAUGUCAGAACCAACUACGGCCAUUACCUUUCUUGAGAAAACGAAAGAGAAGGUGAAAUCCAGUGAUGAGGCCGUCAGCUUAUGCAAAACGUCUAUUGGCACUCUCAAGCUCGACAUCAACGAUCUCCCAGCGACGAAGAAAUUAAUCGAGGAGGUGGAAGAAAUGCUGAACAAUCUGCCAGGUGUGACAUCAGUACACGGGCGAUUUUAUGACCUGUCCAGUAAAUAUUACCGCAUCAUUGGGAACCACGCUCUGUACUACAAGGACGCCCUUCGGUACUUGGGUUGUGUGGAGGCCAAAGACUUGCCAGAGGCAGAACAGCAGGAAAGAGCCUUCACAUUGGGUUUGGCAGGUCUGCUCGGAGAGGGUGUGUACAACUUUGGGGAAUUGCUGAUGCAUCCAGUCCUGGAGUCUCUCAGGAAAACAGACAAACAGUGGUUGAUAGACACACUCUACGCAUUUAACGCAGGCAACGUGGAGAGAUUCCAAGCCCUGAAGUCUGCGUGGGGCCAGCAGCCUGAUCUUGCCGCUCAAGAGGCCAAACUCAUGCAGAAGAUACAGUUACUCUGUGUAAUGGAGAUGACCUUCACAAGGCCAGCCAACCACAGGCAGCUGACCUUCAAAGAAAUCGCUCAAAGUUCCAAAAUUCAAGUGAAUGAGGUGGAGCUGUUGGUGAUGAAAGCUCUCUCCGUCGGACUGAUCAAGGGAAGCAUCGAUGAGGUGGACAAGAAAGUUCACAUGACCUGGGUUCAGCCCAGAGUACUGGACCUGCAACAGAUUAAGGGCAUGAAGGACCGUUUGGAUUUCUGGUGUGGAGAUGUGAAGAACAUGGCAAUGCUGGUGGAACAGCAGGCUCAGGAUAUCCUUACUUAAAAAUAUUAGAAAUCAGAUUAUCCAUUGUAUUUCAUUCUGUGUCUCGGAUAUGUGUAAUCCGUCAGUAUCUUCAUUAUGCUAUUAAAGCAAUUUGUUUACACAA